UCCAUGACUCGCAGAUGCGCUCUCGUCCUCAUGACUCGAAAUCGCACUUCGCGGAAUCCAUGGCCAUUAUUUUAAUUGCUCCGCUUCCCGCGGUAUACAUCCACGAGGAUGCUUUCAGACAGAGAGAGGCUUCCUCGAUGGAGGGCACCGGCAACGACAAGCAGAACGAGUCGGACGAGUGCGACGUGAACGGGGAUAAUAGGAAGCGGGACGACGACGAUUCGACCGGGCAGGAGGACGUCGAUCGGAAGAUGAAGGCGGAGGACAAACGUGAGUCUCUGGAGAACAUGAAUUUGAAGAAUGAGAUGAAGACGCUGAAGAAGACGCUGUCGGCCGACGACGAGGAGGCCGACGAGGAGGACGAGGGCAGCAAGGAGUCCGCCGACGAGGAGGAGCGCAAGGAAACGCAACCAGGUGGCGAGAAGAAGGAACAGGAGUCGUCCAGCGACAGUACAUCCACCAGCACUACCGACGACGAGUCCGAGACCAGUUCGGAGGACAAGACGGAGCCGUCGAAGCCGGAAACGGCUCAGACGACGCAAACGGAAGCGACUUCGCGAGAGGAAUCGAAGGAGAGCACUUCCAAGAACGAGGACACGACGGACGACAGCGAUAUCGAGGAUGAUUUGGUCUCGGCGAUCAAUUACAACACAAUCACCUCUUUGGCGGCGCUUAAGGAUAUGUUACAGUCCUCCGGGGAGGACUCCGACGGUGUGGAUAGUUUCUUCCAUCAUUAUUUCUUAUCGCAUGUAAACCGGCUGCCGUCGAGGAACCAGACGCAUAGUCCGUAUCCCUGGGGCAGGAGAUUGUCGGAGUGCCGGGAGGAGGACGAGUACGAGACCGAGGAAGGGAAGAACGUUGAUAGCCCGAGCGUCGAUAGUAAGAAGGAUACGUCGAAGACACAGGUCGAAAAAACGGACAGCGUCUCCUCCAAGACGUCGAAGGCGUCGAGUCCGUCGUCUUCGGAGAAUUCUAGUUCGGAGAAGAUUGACGAGAAGUCUUUGGCGACGUCCAGUGUGUCGGAUGCGAAACCACCGUCACCGUCGUUAAUAGCGACGACGACGAUGACGACGACGACGACGACGAUGACGAUGACGACGGCGACGACGGCGACGACGGCGACGAUGACGACGACGACGAUGACGAUGACAACGACGAUGACGACGCCGACGACGGGCGCGACCAUGGCGACGACGACGGUCGCGACGUCGGUUUCCGGUAGAUUCACAACAUCCACCGUGACGUCGCCAACGUCGACGACGAAACCUCCACUAAGAAGGCGACAUACCACCGGCCCAGGCAUGACCUUCCCCGCUACGGAUCCUCCUUCGUAUUCCACCAGUAUGACCUUCUCGAGGACCAGUCCGUUGCCCAGUCCGCAUUUCGACAAGCGGUUCUUUGACAGUAGCCUGAUCGAGAUUAAAAGCCAGGCGAGCAGCACCAGCACUCUCGAUUACGACUCCACGGAGGAGGUGUGGAUUCGCAGGCUGGAUCUCGUGCAGGAGAAAAAACGACGGGAGCUUGGUUCGCAACCAUUACCAACGAUCGUGACCGAGGAUACGGAUAAUUCCGGGCAUGUUUCUCAAGGUCACAGGCCACGAGCAGAUACGUGGGGAUCGCACUCGAAGCCGAUCAGAAAAUCGUCUUACGGGAGCGCACCUAGUUCUGGAAAAUCUACGCCGCUUCCGCAGCCAGCAGAACCGUCGAGUUCAUCGAGUUCCGGCAAAGGCGGCCGAAAGACUUCCGGUACUCGGUCCGGUUCCACCAGUCGCAGUAAUAGUCGCAGUAAUAGCGCGGAACGUCGAAGAAGUGGCGGUGGUACGGAUGACACUGCUAGCCCUACGAGAAAGCCGGCGCUCUUCGACGCUUUCAGGCCGAGGAGCAAGUCGGACGCCAGCAAGAGGAAGCCCAGUAUUAUAGCUAAUAUGAAAAAUGCCGUUCAGCAUUCCUUGCACAGAGGCUCGCAUGGAAGCUCGUCGGUGGAUGUACAUACGGAGAAGGAACAUCAUAGAGAAAGCCAGAAGGAACAAAAGGAGAAUAGAGACCAAGGAAGCGGUCGGCCUAGAGCUGGAUCUGAGAGCAGCAGGAAUCCUGUGAGCAAAGUCAUGGAUCUCAUUAGGCACAGGAGCCACAGUGCCUUGAGCGCGGAGGACAAGCGGAAAGCGCGAGCGGCGGUGCAGCACCAGUCACAAGUAGCGUCGCAGAGCGCGCACAGAAGAAGUUCAUUGGAUCCUACGGCACGGAGAUUAUCCCUCGGGGCACCCGCAAUACCUCAUCGAGCAUCCGACGCUUGCCUGGAUCCGGUUCACGCUGCCAUACUUUUUAGGGAUGCGCGAGGACUGCCGGUGGUGGAUCCCUUCUUAGAGAAAGUCUCGCUCUCCGAUCUUGAGGAGGACGAGUCGCAGAUCUUCGUCAAGUUUUUCAAGUUCCACAAAUGCUACGACCUAAUACCGACCAGUGCCAAGCUGGUCGUCUUUGACACUCAUCUACUCGUUAAAAAGGCCUUCUUCGCUCUCGUCUACAAUGGGGUGAGGGCCGCGCCGUUGUGGGACAGUUCCCGGCAGCAGUUCGUCGGCAUGUUGACCAUAACGGAUUUCAUAAAAAUACUACAGAUGUAUUAUACCAGUCCAUCGGUGACAAUGGACGAAUUAGAAGAGCACGAAUUAGAUACGUGGAGAAAGGUCUUGAAGGAUCAAGUCCAUCCUCUUGUAAGCAUCGGGCCGGACGCCUCACUGUACGAGGCUAUCAGGACCUUAAUACAAAACAGAAUCCACCGAUUGCCUGUGAUAGAUCUCGAUACCGGAAACGUCCUUUAUAUCUUGACGCAUAAGCGAAUACUUAGAUUUCUUUUCCUAUAUAUCCAUGAGUUACCGAAACCAUCCUUCACCAACAAAACGCUGAGAGAAUUAAGGAUAGGUACUUUCGAGAACAUAGAAACGGCUACGGAGGAAACUAGCAUAAUUUUAGCGCUGAAAAAAUUUGUGGAAAGGAGAGUUUCAGCAUUGCCGAUUGUCGAUUCCGAGGGGAAGUUAGUGAACAUCUACUCAAAGUUUGAUGUCAUUAACUUAGCAGCGGAAAAGACAUACAACAAUCUAGACGUUUCGCUACGCGAAGCAAAUGAGCACCGCAAUGAAUGGUUCGAAGGUGUUCAGAGUUGCAAAUUAGAUGAGACAUUGUUUACUAUAAUGGAAAGGAUCGUCAGAGCAGAAGUACAUAGGCUAGUAGUGAUCGAUGAUGACGAUAAAGUGAUCGGUAUAAUAUCUCUCUCCGAUCUGCUCUUCUACCUCGUUCUUAGGCCUUGUGGAGAGGAUGGCAGUAGCAAUAAAGGUAGUUCUAUAUCGUUGCGAGCGCAAGAUUCUCUGCUGUCGAAGGCUCCCAGCUCCGCGCAGUCGGAAGCGUCGCUCGCUGACGGUGAAGCUGAGCAAGAUGUCGCGGAGACGAUUGAUCGCAAUCAGUCCGAGGAAGCGCCGGCGACACCUAGUCCACCACUGAGCCCAGUCGCGUCGGACAUUUCGGAACCUCAGUCGACACUAGUGAAUCAAACUCAAGAAGCGACGUGGCGGGACGUGAUAAACAUUUGUGUCUCAGGCGUAUCGGGUGGGGAAUGAGACGUCGCCGUUUUCACGUGCCGCCAUGCACGGAUGCAGACUCCGAACUGAAUUAACCGCUGCUUUUAACCGCGGCGGCGGACGAAUAACAUAACGACUGCAUAUUUGUACAUCCUUUGUUGUUAUCGCUCGUGGUUCUCCGCGAGUACGCAAAUUAAUCGGUGAUACGCGCCGUACGAGAGGAGAGGUAGGAUGUCCCGUUUGAGAGAAAUUGGAUGUGGCGCGUUAGAACAACAGAGAGAAGUUCGCUGAACGUGACGUUAUGAUAUAACAAACACGAUGCUCUGUAUAGUGUAUAAAAAAAUCACUUAAGCUUAAUUUUUUAUGGUACAAAUGCUACACAGACACGCUACACAUUAGACGUUCGAGCUUUUCGCCAAGGACAGUAGGUAGCUGCGCCAUUAUUUGCUCAGAAUGCGAUUCUCCGCGCCCUUCUACAAUCGAGCAUGAUCGGGAAAGAAAUGACGAAUUUUGAAGGAACGAACUUUUUUUGGAGAUAUGACAAAAUCUUGGAGAGAAAGGGGCAUUUUCCAACAAGAAACACAGUUGACACCAGUGAAUUAUCGUUGCAACUUUGUUGUUUGCCAAUGUUAAAUAAAGAUGAAAUAAUUCACUGUUACACUGUCAUUUGUCUUGUUGAAAAAUGUGUAAAAUCGCAACUUAAUCAUGAUUAUAUAUUCUUUAUGCAAAUUGUAUUCACCCUUUGUGAAAUGGAAUAACGUAGAUAUUUUCCUUUUGAUCUUGUGUAUAAUUAGGAUAUGUGACAAUUAAAAAAAAAUAAUUAUCGAAGAGUAUUUCGCGAUCGACAAAAACGAAUGUCUGUCCUCGUUGUACGCACGAGAUCUUUUACAUUUUUUUCUGAACGCAUUGUAUAUUAUCGAUCUAAUGUUUUUGAUAUCUUACAUACUCAUUUAUAAAAAUCAUUUUUUUUUUCUUUUACUUCUACUGGAAAGAUUUAGAGAUACCUAAUCUUAAUUACUGAUUUUGCAUAAUAAGUAGAUCCAUUUUAACACCGCUCUAUACGUGAAUAGGUUCUUUUAAGGUUUCAGACAAUUUUCAUUGAUUAUGUAGAAGUGAUAUCAUCGAGAAUAUCAAACUAUAUAUUGUUAAUACGUAUUGUUAAAGCAAGAUACAUUUUUAUUUAAUUAUUUCGGAUUAUAUCUAUACAUCUAAAAGAUUGUCUCUUUCUUGUCCUCAUUUUGAUAUUUCAUUUUCACUGUAUUGUCAGAGUCACGUAAAUGUCGAGGAGUAAAGCUCUGUACAAAAGUUGCGACGUUUUUGGCUUUUAUACUAAAAAAAAAAAAGAUAAGAUUCACAGAACUCUAUUGAAACAAUAAGGCAAGAUUAUAUUCUCGAACUAAAAUUAUCCACUAAAAUAAUUUUUUAUUAUGAUAUGACUAUAUAGUUUUUCUUGAAUAUUUACGAAAAAAAUAGAUAUCAAUAUGUAUGAACUAAUUCACAUAAAAUUCUUGUACACUUAUGUCCGUUAUAAAUUGAAAGAAUCGACGUGAUAUACUCGAUUAUUAAAGUUAUUCGAUAAAUCGGAUAAAAAUACUCGAGUUUUAAUGUGAUAUUUGACCAAAUUCUAUAUAUUGUAUAAUCAUUGCUGACGAUACGCGGACUGAUAUAACAAACCACCGAAAUAAGAUUUUAUAUUAUAAUUAUAUCGUGAAUCGUCUUAAUUAAGAAUAUUGACUUAUGACUUACGAACAAAAAUACAUUCUUCAAUCUAUUAAUUGCUUUAUUCAUGAUUAAUUUUGCUCUCAUUGGCAAGUAUAUCGAAUUCUCUGAAUAUAGCAAGCAAAAAAAGCCUUUAUAUCAUUAUAUAAAUUCAAUUGUAAUUACUACUUACACGCGUCGUAUCGUGAGAAAAAUGCAAAUUAUAAUAACGACGAAGUUUUAAAGAAAUUUGUAUAGUAUUAUUUUGCACUAUAAAUUCUUUAAUGGAUCGAGAGAAACAUUCCUUUGUAAAGCAGUUCUGCAUAAUCAAGUUGUUGAAGAUAAGUUCAAGAAAAGUUUUAGAGUUUAUAAAUUGUCUUUCAGUUGGAAUUUAAAUUUAACGCGUUUGACGCAGAUCUUAAUCUCUUUUUCCUCAUAUAGAAAUGCAGGUGACGGUAGUUACUCGAUUUUGAAGGGAAUAGUGCCUGUAAAUGUAGCGAAUGUAUUCCUAGAAACACGUUCAUUGGAAUACACGUAUAUAAAUAUACAUAUAUACUAUCCGAGAUGUAAGUGCAGUCGGGAUAAGACAAAGCUAAAUAUUAGUAUUAAUUAACAGGACGCGUAGUGUGAACGAAAAUUUUUGUACAGCUGAAAAGUACUAUUUAAUGUGCUAUAGGCGCGCGAGCGCGUGUCUUUCUUUUUUUUUUUUUA